GAGAAGAGCCGGUCCUUGUGCUGCCAUCUGCCUGAGCUACUCUACCCAGACAGGCUCUGGCCAGUGAUCUGGAGGACAGACCUCUACUCGAUGUGGAGCAGGGUGCUGAAAAAUGGGAAGCAGAAAAUUAGGCUGUGAAUAAGGUCCUCUGUCUAAGGAAACUCUACAGAGCAUCUACAGGGACAGCGGCAUUGUGGAGUUAAAGAAAACAAGCGGAGUUCAUACAUAUCAGACGAGACUCGCCACUGGAAUCCACCUCACUGUUGCUUGAAGAACCAAAGAAGUUGUUCUGACUUUCAAAGAACUGAAACACAGCUUCCAUCUGGAUUAUCUGCCAUUGUGAAUACCUAUUGACUCUGUUUGUAACAGAUGGGUUCGGCCUUUAAGAGGUUCUGCAUGCAGUUCUGCUGCUGCUGCUGCUGUGCUGGUGACGAAGACGAUGAAGAUGAAAAGCAGCCUUUAGUACCUCAGGAUCCGUUGGAGUACUUUAACCGGGAAGUCCAGAAGCGCCGUGAUGAGGAGACCAACCUAUGGAGUACGCCAGGAGACCCCAGCCACUCGGAGAGAGAAGAUGACCGGGUCCUUCACAGCCUGCUGCAGGCCAGGAACAAGACCCGCAUGGGAUCCUCGGGCUAUCGCCGUCUGAGUGUUGACAUUGAGGCCAUGAGAGAUACCCGCCGAGAAGUCAGAGACAAAUGGCAGACAAUCCUGGAGAAUUUAGGUUUCAUGGCCGAGGCAGAGUCGCUGCUGACAGUGUCUGCUGGAGCCUCACAUGACCGCAUGCGUAACGCCCCAGCAGCACGUGCCAUGCUUAACAUGCUCCACUCUGAGACCUCCAUCUUCAACGCCAGAGAACCACCACCGGAAAGAUAUCUAUUCAUCCUGGAUCGUCUCCUGUACCUUGAUAUCGCUGAAGAUUUUGUGGCAAAGGCAAAGCGCUUCUAUCCCCCAAGGGAUGACUCUGACGAGGAGACCCCGGGUCUUGCCAUAAACCUGCCGCUGCUGCUGGCCAGGGUAGAAGCCUUGAACGGAGCAAGCAAUAUAGAAGAUGAGGAAGAGAGUGGAAGAGAAGAUGGAAACUUGAGUGACAGAUCCUAAGAUCUACUGGCUGCAAUAAUAAUAGACACAAGGCAGGGGGCAGUAGUCAUCAACCCUGGAGACCUGGAUGACAGAAUUGCAUAGCUCUUACCUUUUAA